AAUUUGCAUGUUGCAAAUACUUAUGUUUCAAUGUUAUAAUGCUUGAUCGCACUUGUGGUCCUUAUCAGCUGUUCGGUCUUAUAUAAGAAACAGGUAAGUAGCAAUUAGGUACCAACAUGGGUACAAAGACAUCUCUAUUUUGUGUGGGAAUUGCUUUGGGAGCUGAACUAGAGUUCCUAUAAUUAGUAAGCUGAACUAUCAUCGCAGGUUUGUCAUAUCUCCAUGGCAACCAUACAAAACCUGCUUCCUGAAGACGAGACUUUUGGAUUCUGUUCUGUCAUCUCUUACCGUUACACUAUUAAUUCUUUAUACAAUUUUUUUAUAAACUCAGCUGUGUAUAAAAGAAUUUUAACUUUUUCAGAGCGAUUGUAUGGCACAAAUGCUUGGAAAUACUAUAGGUAUGUCCAAAGAUAGAUAUAAAAAAAAUCAGAGAGUUUUGGAAUUUGCUGAAGGGAAACAGAUAGCUGCCAAGAAAUCUAGUCGGCCAACUCAAAACCUCUGCGAGUCUUCAAGUUCAGGUGUUACAUCAAGAAAAAUUAUUGUUCAUUCGAAUUAUGUGGUUUUUUAUCAUAUCCUUCAUUUCACACUCAGAUGUCGAGUGGACGAGCCAUUUUUCAGAACCCUUAAACUUUACAAAAUACAAUGAAGCCUAUAAACAAAAGUCUGCAAGAUCACAACGCAAUACUGCAAAGAAACGGAAAAAUAGUCACCAGAAGAGGGACAUGGCAUCAGCUUGGAGAGCCACAGUUCCUAUUACACCGCAGAUGAUCCGUAUUGUUGUUAAAGAAUUGCAAACAAGAAGAGCGUACAUUAGUUCUGCCCUGAUUGCCAGCCAUUUGCGACGCUGUUACCCUAUAGAUAGUGAUCCAAAAGCACUAAAGAAAGAGUUGAAUGAAAAGUUGAACUGUGCUGUGAGUGUUGGACUGAUUGCAAGGUGUGGAGAUGAUAAAUAUUCCAUACCUACACUACGCCAACAAGCAAGCUUGGACAAAACAGCUGUCACUGCUUUUUGGGAUACAUUUUACAGAAGUAGCGCACCAUCUGCUGUGGAUGAAUUCGUCAGUUUAGGUCUACCAAGAGUACGAACCCUCCAAAGAACUACCAUUACUCCGAAGUAUAAAGACAACAGUAGGAGUAACAGCUCUGCGGAUUUUAAUCAAAUCAGUAAUCAAAGACUAAAAUAAUGAAAACUAUAAAAAUAUCGUGACUUAAAAU